UAAUUAGUUUGUAGUGGACUUAACAGUAUUUAAAUUAUAUUUUAAUACCAAGUGUUUAUGUCAUUGUGGUAUUAAGUAAUUGAAAAUGCAAUUUACAAAAUGUAUCUAAAAACAUAACCUCAAAACUACAAUUACCCACCUGUAUACACAAAGAAUUAGUUUAAUAUCAUCUGACCAGUCAUUGGCUAUUACAGGAAGCAAGCGCAGCAACUCGGUACAAGAUGCCGACUGUGGUGGUGUUAGACGUCUCUCUGUCCAUGUCACUGCCCGUGGCGGUCCCAGACAGUACAGAAACCUUCACCAGUCUCCAGCUAGCAGUGCAUGGCAUCAACAGUCUUCUCGAUUACCUUGCGAUUUACUCAAAACUGGAAUUUGUAGCACUGAUGACAUACUCUUCAUCAUAUGACAUCGUGUCUCCAUUUACAAGAGACUUUGACGUGCUCAAGGCCAAACUCGCACAGCUGGAAGAACAAGACAAGAGCUGUCUGGAACCUGUUCUCACAGGUGUCAACAAGCUAGUACUCGGAGAGUGGGGAACAGCCACUCCUUGUCAGGUUAUCUUGGUGACAAAUGGAGUAACUCGUAGACAUUCCGAGCUGGAUGCCCUUAGCAAGCUGGGCUCUCCACUCCCAUUCGCUUUCCCAGGCAAGCUGACAGUAGUGGUGGUGGCUCCUCCUGGUCCCACCAAUCCGAUCUUGGCUCAGGUGGUGAAGUUGGCGAGAGGUGAUGGUUCCGUGCUACAGGUGGACUCUGCCCUCACACCUGAUUCGCUCUACAACCUUUUCCAGCAGCUGGCGGAGAAGAACUACGCUUCUUUCUGUGGCAUGCUCAAGUGUGGCAACUUGAGUUCCAAAGUCAUUCUGUCACCUGCACCAAUGCCAUACACCAAGAUUACAGACUUUGACUGCCAGACAUACAGUGUAGGCAGUGAGGUUGGGUUGUGUGGAUUCAUAGAGACGCAGCAUGUGGGAAGCCCUGCUGCAGUAUCCAGACAUUUGGUGCUACCCUUCCCUCCCACCCCUACUCAGGCCCCCAUCAAGACUUCACCCUCUACUAUCAAGGUGGAGGACUCGGAUGAGGAGGAGAUGGCUCACGACGGAGGCAAGACUCCAUCCUUCUGUGUUUUACUGCAUGGUGCUCUAAAGGUAGAGAAUAUGGUAGCCCUCUGCCAGGUCGCACCCGAGUGGUAUGGUCUGCUUUACUCCUGGGCUGACUCCAAGAAGAAGUCCAACCUGAUGCUGACCCUGCUAGAGCCAGGCAACAACCCAGUCCCAUGGCUGGGAGACAUCACCCAACUGGGCAUACCCGAUCCGGAACGACCCAAUCCAGAGGAAGCAUUUCCUGUAAGGCCGGCAGACAAGCGCAGCUACUCCCAGAGCAAUGUGGUCUGGAUACGACAAGCUGGGUUACAGUCGGACAUACAGAAGAUACUGAGACACGCUCGCAAGCUGCCUGAGAAAACACAGCAUUUCUACAAGGAGUUAAACCGUGUACGUAGAGCAGCAAUAUCACUUGGGUUCAUCUCGCUGUUGGAUGGGUUAGCGGCAAUCCUGGAGCGAGAGUGUACACUGCUGCCAGGCGGUGCACAUCCCGACUGUGCGCUGCAGCUAACCCACGCGGCCAACGUACUGCGCAAACCGUACAGCCGUGACCCCAAGUACAAUGUGCUGCCCAUGCGCACACGAUUCCAAGAGGGUGACAACUGGAAAUUUCCACUUGUAAACAGUGAUGGUUCUGAUCUUGAUGCUUGCUUGUGUACCUCAGACCCUGUUGUUCUUUGAUGAGUCCUAAUCAUUCUUUUCUGUUCCCAUGAUUGUGAAAGAUGACUAUAUAAAGUGUGGCCGUUCUCCAAACACUUAUAUACAAUUCUGUAAAUAUGAAUUUGUACAUAAAAAUAAUCAUGCUGUGAUUUUGUAAA